AUGGUAGGUAUGCAAAACUUGAAAGAAUUGGAGAUUGCCGAGCUCGAUUCUCUGCUUCAGACAAAAGAUCUGUUGCGGAUAGCCAUAUUCAACAUAAGCUACAUCAGAGGCCUUUUCCACGAGAAAUACUUCAAUGACAAAUCAGUUCCGGUCUUGGGUAAAUCUUCACUCGAUAUCCUUCAACAUGAAAUGUUGCCAUUGGAUGCGGAGUCUCGUAAAUUCAUUGACUGGAUGGAGAAAGGUGUUUAUGAUGCGCUCCAGAAAAAAUAUCUCAGAACACUUCUGUUCUGUGUGUGUGAAGCAACUGAAGGGCUCGUGAUUGAAGAAGAGUAUGCAUUCUCUUUCAGUUACUCAGAUUCAGAUAGUCAAGAAGUUUCUGUGAACUUAAGUCAUUCUGGAAGCGAGAAGGGUGGUAGAACCUUCAAGUUUGAUUCCACAAAUGACAGCAUUUCAAACAAUAUGAGGAGUUCUGCUUGUAAGAUGGUCCGUACACUGGCUCAACUGAUGAGGACUCUCGAGGAUCUGCCUGAAGAGCGUACUCUUCUGAUGAAACUCCUGUAUUAUGACAUCACGCCUGCUGAUUAUGAGCCUCCCUUCUUCCGAGGCUGCACAGAAGAGGAAGAAAAAAAUGCUACUUGGAACAGGAGUGCUCUGAAGAUGCAGGUUGGAAAUGUCAACAGCAAGCAAAUUCUUAAGGUAAAGAGGGCAUUUGUUCUAUGUGAAGAUGAAAACAAUGAAAACCACGAUAAUACAAGCUCCUUUGAAGAUAAUUCGUACAAGAGAGAUGGCAAUAGUGAUUCUGGCACUGAUACAAGCAUGUCAAAUAAUGAUCAUUACAUUGUUGCACUUGCACCAGCUGAAACGCAACAAGAACCUGAGAGCUACACAAUGGUGAAUGAAGGGGAUGAAGAACAAUUGAACCAAGUGAAGGACUGGAUAGACUCUUACCCCCUUCAAACUUUUAAUCUCAACGACAUUCUCCCACAUUUUCCAGAUAUCUCUAUGGUCUUGAUUGAAGAGAUCAUGGACAAGCUUGUUAAGGGAGGUGUGUUUUCAAAAUCUGCUGCAGAUAGUUACUCCAUCAGCAAAGAAAAGAAAUUUUAUUAUGAGUUCAAUAUUCUGAAAGAGGAACCUGAUUCUCACACCAAUGGAGAGUACAACAACAGUGAGGAUUAUGUGCACAUACAGGCAUUGUAUCAUGCCCCUCCAAUGCACUCUAUCACUACUGCAAACCUUCAGGAUAAGCUUGAAGCCGACAUGACUACCUUUUGCAAGUUGAUAGAUAAAACGGCUCAAGAUGGCGUUGUUGAGUCUAAAUGUAACCGCAGACUAGUUCUUAUCUCUGCUCCAGGGAGGCCUGUAACACAGUCAGAGAAGACUGAGAAGAAGGUGUCAGAAGUCAAUAAAUCCCAGUGUGUUUUUGAUAUGGAUGUGGAUAUGGACCAGAAUGAUCUGAAUAACUCUGGUAAAAAAAACAAGCAUUCAGAAACUGAGGAAAAUGGUCAUUCCUUCCCCCUUAGAGCUGUGCAGCGUUUUGUAAGCUCCAGAGAAGAAACUAACAACGUGACUGUUUGGCAAUUAGGUAACACUGAUAAAGAUUUGUCUACCUCGGGCGCCUUACAUUUAGUUGGAUCAGAUCUCACACACACUAUUCUCCAAUCUGCUGGACAUCCAAAUGGCUCUAAAAGAAGUGAUGACUCCAAAAGAAAAACACCCCUAGGCAGGGCUCAGCCUGCUGAUUCCAGGGAGCGUGAGCGUCAUGCAUCAGGAGCUGAAAAUCAAAGAGAUAGAGGAAAUAAUACAUUGGAUGGGAAGGCAAGCAUGGUCAAAGAACCAAUUUUUCAAUACAUGAAGCGCCAGGAAAUCCAAGCUGUGAAAGGAUACAAUGAGUACGCAACAACAUGUUUAGGAUUCGUCUUUCGUCGGACUGAUGGAAAAGAGGCGAUGAUAAUGGCAUGCGACUCCCGACGCACGAGGAAAGACACCCAAGGAAAUGUAAUCCGCAAGUGGGAUAACAUACAGAAAUUUGUGAAGCUCAAUGGUAGAACUCUUGUCAUGAGGGCUGGAAAAGUUAGGUACAUGAAGAGUAUUAUCAAACAUCUCGUGGAUGAGCAGGGUAAAAGAGGAUUAUUGUCUUCUACCAAUGCAUCGUCCCUGGCGGAAAGGAAGUUGAGUUCUGAAGAGGAUGACGACAGACGUCUAAGUGUGCUUAUAGGCGGUUGGGGAGACUCUGGGGCACCUGAACUGUAUAAAAUAAACUCAAGAGGGAUUCGGAUGUGUGGUGACUGCUUCGUUAUAGGUAGCGGAUGGGAAGGCGCUAGGAGCGUUCUGGACAUCGAAUACUCUCGUUCUCGUAAGAUGACGGUUACCCAAGCUGCAGAGCUAGGCAGACACGCUAUUUGUGAGGCUGCCCGUCGUCACCAGGGCACAGGAGGCAUAGUUACCGUACUCCCUCCAUCCCAUAAUUAUUGUCCAAUUAUACUAAAAUGA